AUGGCGGAUUUCCAGACAUCAACUCAACGGGCCAAGUGGAUUCUCACUCCCCAGAAACUGGCAGAGAGGUAUAAAGUUGCGAACCAGAAGGCAGUGCAAAUGCUGGAGAAGUGUGGAACAACACAAGUUGAAGUAGAUGCCAGUGGAUCACUGACAUAUCCUACUGAGAAAGUUGAUGCAGGAGAUCAAGCUGAUAAGAAGCUUAAGCCCUUGAGUGUUGAUGAAGAACGGUUCAUGAGAGCAUUUUAUGAGGCAAAGGUCCAAGAAGUGUGCAGUGCCUUUAAUUUUCCUCACAAGAUUCAGGCAACGGCCCUCCAAUACUUUAAAAGAUUUUAUCUGCAAUGGUCUGUUAUGCAACAUCAUCCUAAAGAAAUAAUGUUAACCUGUGUGUAUGCAUCUUGUAAAAUAGAGGAGAAUCAUGUAUCUGCUGAAGAAAUAGGGAAGGGGAUUAAACAAGAUCACCACAUAAUUCUCAAGUAUGAGAUGGCUGUUCUUCAGAGUUUGGAAUUUGAUCUGAUUGUUUAUGCCCCAUAUCGUGCAAUGGGAGGUUUUGUCAGUGACAUGGAGGAAUUUGUUCAAGCUAGAGGUGAUGAAAUCCAAAAACUGGAGAAUUUGCUUAAAGCGGCUACAGCAGAAGCUGAUAAAGUUAUGCUCACAGAUGCUCCACUCCUCUUUCCUCCUGGCCAGUUGGCAUUGGCUGCUUUGCGUAUUGCAAAUGGAGCUCUUGGAGUAGUUGACUUUGAUAGGUACCUAGAGAACAUUGUUUCUCAACCUAACUAUGAGCACACGGCUUCAGAGCUCACAAAGUUUCUUGAUGACAUCGAAUCUUUGGUAAAGAACUACAAGUACCCAAGUGAAAAGGACAUGAAGCAUAUCAACCGGAAGCUAAAGUCUUGUCUAGGACAUAGCUCUUCACAUGACGAUAGUAAAAAACGGGAGAAGAGAUCGAAGCACAAGUCACAUAGGAGCUCCAAUGAUACACCCAACGGUGGGGCACCAGUAGGUUGA